GGCCACAUUUUGCGCUCGGAGCCGCUGGGCCGAUAAUUUCCCGCUCGUGUCGAGCACUUUUACAUCAUGAAGCUCUGAAGGCACGACUACACCCGCGACGCCGCAGACCUUCGAUCGUCAAUUGUCGACGACCACCCCUUCACAAUGUUCUCCAGAACGGCUCUCGUUAGAGGUGCCCAGCUGGCUACCCGCCGGCAAGCCUCUUGCAAGCUUGCUCAGCGACGUGGCUACGCUGCCGCGGCAUCCUCUGCCCCUGCCACCUUCAAUUACGAAACGAGCGACGUUGCCGGUGUCAAGAUCGCAAGCCGCGAUUCCCAUGGCCCAACAACAAAGCUUGCCAUUGUGGCAAAGGCUGGAACGAGAUACGAGCCUGCCCCUGGCUUGACUGUUGGCCUGGAGGAAUUUGCCUACAAGAAUACCACAAGACGAUCUGCGCUGCGAAUAGUUCGCGAAUCCGAGCUUCUUGGGGGAAGAUUGAACGCAUACCAUACACGCGAGGCCCUCGUCCUGGAGGCUAGCUUCUUCCGAGAGGACCUUCCCUACUUCACCGAACUGCUGGCAGAGGUCAUCUCACAAACCAAGUACACCACCUACGAGUACCACGAGGAGGUCGAGCGUGUCAUGCACGUGAAGCAACCUAAGCACGAUAACGACCCGUCCGUCCUUGCCCUCGACGCGGCCCAUGCCGUUGCUUUCCACACCGGCCUUGGAGCUCCUUCAUACCCAACGGCCACAACUGUUCUCAAGGGCUACACGGACGAGAACUCGAUCGCCGCGUAUGCCGAAUCCGUCUAUGCCAAGUCCAACAUCGCCUUGGUUGCUGAUGGUGCUUCAUCCGCUACCCUGUCGAAGUGGACUGAGCAGUUCUUCAAGAGUGUCCCUGCAUCCUCUGCGGGCUCCCUCUCAUUGAAUGCGAAAUCGUCAAACUACUACGGUGGUGAACAGCGCCUUGCUCAUACUGCAGGAAACUCGUUGGUCAUUGCUUUCCCUGGCUCUAGCUUUGGUACAUUCAAGCCCGAGGUGACUGUUCUGGCUGCACUCCUUGGUGGUCAAUCCAACGUUAAGUGGUCGCCUGGCUUCACCCUCUUGGCCAAGGCCGCCGCAUCUUCCCCGGGAGCUACGGCCUCUGCAACUAACCUCGCCUACUCGGACGCCGGCCUGCUCACUAUCCAAGUUUCUGGUGGCGCCACUGCUGUUCGUGGAGCAGCUCAAGAGGCCGUCAAGGCUCUCAAGAGUAUCGCGGAGGGUUCAGUCAGCAAAGAGGACCUCACAAAGGCGAUUGCCAAGGCUAAGUUCGACGCAUUGUCGUCGAGCGAAUCUGGUGUCUCCACCAUUCUGUCAGCUGGUUCCGGACUCGUGCACACUGGCAAGCCCUUCCAGAUUGCCGAGACGACAAAGAGUCUCGACGGUGUUACUGCAGAGAAGUUAAAGACUGCUGCCAAGUCCUUGUUGGAUGGUAAGGCGUCGGUGGCUGCUGUUGGUGACCUUUUUGCAUUGCCAUACGCAGAGGAGCUUGGCCUUAAGGUAUAGAGGAGAUAGGGGAUGGACGUGUACCACCAAUUCAGCUCACUGCUGUAAAAUCGAGACUAGUACCUGUGCAUAUAGUAAAUCCCUUAGAGUUUUUCAUGAUCCUGGGUAAGAGCGAGGUGGAAGGCUGUUGUGACCUCACAAAAGCUGCAAUGAACCCUAAUACAUUGGCUCCGAAAGUGAAAUGACCAAACUCAAGUGUAAAGAUGGUUGGCCCAUCAGUCUGACCGAAUUACACUCACAUAACAUUGAAGCGCAAUAUUGUG